UACGACGAAGUGAACGUGACUGUAGACGCCUCAAUCCUUUGGUGAAGAGUUCACAGGUGAAAGUGAAGCGGUGAAGGUGAAAGUCACGAGCUUUGAACUUGGAGUCAGCAGUGAAAGUGGAGCUGUUUAAUAGCAGGUGUCGCGAUCAAUUUACAUUGAGUGUGGUCAACUUUCAAUUAGUGAGUGCUUUGGUCAUAUUUCAUCAGGAAAAGCCUCCAUCGUCCUUCACAUUGAAUUUCAAUUAUUCUUCUCUGAACUUUUCCGGGGGCUUAACUAUCAAAGGAUAUUUUUCGGGGGAUAGAGUUCCAAAAAUGCGAUGACCCAAAAGUGCUGUUUAAUUGCGAUGGUAUUAAAACGGUUCACCAAUUGUUGGGUACCUGAUGUGGAGUGCAAUUUUUAUUCGGAAAUGAAUUCGGUUAGGUUUUAAUUAAAAAUAGUUAGUUUGCAUUGUUGUUUGGUGAGUGGAAUACAAGCGACAAAAUGGGUGUUUCAAACGAGAGUGAAGUGAAUCAUUUCAUGGUGCACGAAAGAGUGUCGACGAAUGAAUCGUUAUCGGAUUUUUACUUUAAUUUUACAGACGAUGAAAACUUUACUGAUCCUGGAUAUAUUCUCAGAUAUGGGAUAGUUACAACGGUUUUACUCAGCCUUGCAUACGGGACGGUGUUCAUAAUAGGCGUUCUUGGAAAUAUUUCUGUUGUUAUCGUUAUAACAAGGACAUCAAAGAUGCGAUCGCUUACCAACCAAUUUAUAGCGAAUUUAGCCGUUGCUGAUCUCUUGGUAAACAUCCUUUGCCUGCCAUUCACGCUUGUUGCGAAUUUAUAUCCAGCUUGGAUCCUUGGAGUUUUCUUCUGCAAAACUGUUUCUUAUUUGCAAGGAGUAUCGGUUUCAGCCUCGGUCAACACGUUGAUGGCAAUCUCAAUCGAACGAUGCGCUGCAAUAUCGUUUCCAUUGUCUGGAACAAUGUCCAAUAAACAAUAUCGAAUUUCAGUGACAAUAAUUUGGUUCGUAGCUCUGACAAUUAAUUUGCCGUGGCUGUUUGUAUUUACACUGGAACCAAUUGGAAUUACCGGGAGUAAAGCGAUGGUUUGUAUCGAAUUGUGGCCUUCACAGCAAUCGGAGAAUAUAUUCUUUAUCAUAGCCAACCUAAUAAUUUGCUACUUGGGUCCUCUGGUCGUUAUAAGCAUUUGCUACAUCAUCAUCUGGCGAAAUGUGGCGAAUCGGAGCAUACCCGGAGAAAGGCUGUUCGGUCGUCGUAAGAAUGAUGCCAUUCAUAAAAGUCGUGUCAAGGUCGUCAAGAUGGUGUUUGUAGUAAUAAUAACCUUUGCCUUAUCGUGGUUACCACUCUACACAAUAUUUUUUAUCGUCAAAUUCUACGAGGAUGUUUUGUACUACGAAUACUUCCAGUCGGCCAUUUACCUUCUCCUGCCCAUCGCCCAAUGGCUGGGAGCCGCAAACUCAUGUAUAAACCCAAUCCUGUAUGCAUUUAUGAAUCGCAAGUUUCGAAUAGGAUUCAAAAAUGUCCUUAAAAGACCAUUUUUCUCACGCACAUCAUUCGAAAAUGAAAUACGUGAUGUAAAUUUGAAACAAUACCGUACGGAGAGUUUGUACAACCGACGACCGAUUGUACGCACGGACUCGUCAAGGAUGUCGUCCCAUUAUAAUAACAACGUCUCGCUUACAAUGAGGCCAGUUACGGAGAGGAUUAAGCUUUAAGUGAAGGAGGUUGCAUCGAAAGAAUGAUAAAAACUAGUUUCACAGAGAAGGAUAUCAAGAAAAUUGAUGCUCAUGAGCUUAUUAAGGGUAGUUUUGUAAGAAUUUAGACCCAUGUUUUGUGAGAAAUGAGGAGGAACCGGAGGAGUCAAGGAACACAUUUUAUAAAUUGUUAUGGUGAAAGUACAAAUUUUAUGUUAGGCAAUAAA